UCCUAGAGGUUCUCUAGUACAAUCAAAACUACACCCGCAAAUAUAUAUAGGUUAUACUAUAUCAUAUAUGGAAGGAAAUUACGCCAAGUUUGUCUUACAAUUAUACAUUUUAUUUUGAUUGAAUAAUCUGUCAAAAUUUUGUUACAACAGCUGAUUUAGAUGAUUGCAACAUUGCCUGAAGUAUUGCCUGUUGCUUGAACAGCUUGUUAUUAAUUCGGCCAAAUUCAGAAUUUACUUGAUAACAUGUGAUGUGUUGACAGAUUGACAGAUGAUGUUAACAGCUGAUUUAUUUGACAGCUGUAUAAUUCAAGUGUCACGGAAACCGGGAAAAUCAUGUCUAUCAAUAUAGAUAUAAAAUUAAAACGUGCGAGCAAAAUAUAUUACGAGGGGGAAGUGGUUGCUGGUCUGAUAUUGUUAAAGAGCAAUUCGGACGUAAAGCACGAUGGCAUAUUUCUCACUAUGGAAGGCUCGGUGAACUUGCAGCUUAGCUCAAAGAAUGUGGGUAUAUUCGAGGCAUUUUAUAAUUCAGUUAAGCCAAUACAAUUGGUACAAUAUACAUUGGAUGUUGCUCCAUCUGGGAAGAUUCCAAAUGGCAAAACAGAAAUACCAUUUGAAUUACCAUUAAAACCAAGAGGAAGUAAAUCUCUUUAUGAAACAUAUCAUGGUGUUUUUGUAAAUAUACAGUACUUGAUACGCUGUGAUAUAAAAAGAAGCUUUCUCGCGAAAGAUGUGAGCAAGUCACUGGAGUUUAUAGUAGAAGAUAAACCAAGCAGCAAAGUAGAAAAAGAACACAGUAAAAUUGUGUUCUUUAAAAUAAUGCCAGAAUCUCUGCAAAAUGCUAGGGAUAGACCUAAUGUGCCAAAAUUUUGUAUUUCAGGGAGAUUAGACUCUCUGUAUUGCAAACUCUCUGAACCUCUGACAGGAGAAGUAGUGAUUGAACACUGCGAGGCUGUUAUAAAAUCUAUAGAAUUACAAUUGGUGAGGGUAGAAACCUGUGGAUGUGCAGAAGGAUACUCUAGAGACGCUACAGAGAUACAAAAUAUACAAAUUGGCGAAGGCAAUGCUUGCACAAAUCUUGCUAUUCCAAUUUACAUGAUAUUUCCAAGAUUAUUUACAUGUCCUACUUUGAGCACAAGCAAUUUCAAAGUUGAAUUUGAGGUAAACCUAAUCAUUUUAUUUGAAGAUGACUAUUUAGUUACUGAGAACUUUCCUAUUAUACUUUCACGGUAUUAAACAAUUAUAGAAAUAAUAUUUCAUAAUAAUGUAAUGUAUAUAAUAUAUGUGUGUGCAUAUGCAUAUAUAAAUUUUUAUAUAUGAUAUAGAAUAUUUACU